GGUUUUGCUUUGAAAUUUGUGAUAGCAAAAACAGGAAUUUUUACAACUUUUUAUGAGAAAACCGUCUGUAUAGGAGGAAUGUUAUUCUAGAUGCCAUUAUUGGUUUCAUGUUAGUGUUCAAGCUGCCGAAAGUUUCAACAAUGGUGAGAAGCAAGAACAUUCCCAACACACCCCGGCAAGGAGGUUCGGUGAAUCGAAGACUUUCGGGCAAAGUGGUAAAGAUUUUGUCGCGUCCUGUCUCUGGAACGCCAUCGAGUGUAUCAGCUGGAUGUAAUAUUAAAGUUGUAGUUAGAGUACGCCCGCCAAAUGCUAAGGAACAAGAGAGUAAUCAACGCCAUAUCAUCAGAUUUAUGGACGAUAAAUCCUUGAUAUUUGAUCCCAAAGAAGAUGAGGUUCCCUUUUUCUACCACGGGGUUCCACAAAAGACCAGGGAUCUUCUUAAAAAGGAAAAAAAGGAUAUUGCCCUUGCGUAUGACAGAGUCUUUGAUUUCGCAUCCACUAAUGUGGAAGUUUUUGAUAGCAGCACAAAGAGCCUCAUUCAAGUCCUGAUGGAUGGGUGCAAUUGUUCCGUAUUCGCUUAUGGUGCCACUGGAGCUGGCAAAACAUUCACUAUGAUUGGUAACCCAGAAAGCCCAGGAAUCACCUAUUUGACUAUGGAAGAGCUUUUUAUCCAUAAAGAGAAACUUAGUGUGGAGCGAGAGUUUGAGUUGAUGGUCACCUACAUCGAAGUCUACAAUGAGUUGGUUAAAGAUCUACUAAAUCCCGGAUCUAUUCUUAAUUUACGAGAAGACUCUAAAUAUGGUGUGAUGAUUCCUGGUGUGAAGGUCCACAAAAUCAAAAGUCCCGAAGAGCUGUUUAGUUUACUGGAACAAGGAAAUAAGAGACGGACGCAACAUCCGACCGAUGCCAAUGCCGAGAGUAGCAGAUCGCAUGCGGUGUUUCAGGUUUAUAUUCAAAUGACCAUUAAAGCCAACAGAGAGAUUAGAAGAGCUAAAUUGAGCAUGAUUGACCUAGCUGGAAGUGAGCGGGGAUCCGCGACUGGUUUCGUUGGAGCUCGCUUUAAGGAGGGUGCCAACAUUAACAAGUCUCUGCUGGCCUUAGGGAAUUGCAUUAACAGUUUAGCGGAUGGUCUUCGGCAUGUUCCAUACAGAGACUCAAAAUUGACACGGCUUUUAAAGGAUAGUUUAGGCGGUAAUUGUCACACUAUUAUGAUAGCAAACGUGUCUCCAUCCUCAAUCCAUUAUGAUGACACUUACAAUACGCUCAAAUAUGCGACUCGUGCGAAAAACAUCAAGUCGAUUAUUAAAAAAAAUAUUGUCAAUGCCGAGCUGCAUGCUGACAAGUAUAUAAAAAUGGUUGACGAUCUGCAAUCUGAAAACGCCCAGCUCAAAUCCGAAUUGGCCACAUUAAAGAAACAGUAUGAAGAAUUGCAAACCAAAUUCACCCAAGUGUCUAAUGGAGACAUCUGUGCAGUGGAUAAUUGCAAUUCGCAGGAUGCAGGUCAAGAAAAUAUAGCUGCAGAACUUCUGCAGGGAAAUCAAGAACUGAAGAAGCAAAAUGCAGCCUUAGAAAAUGUUAUCGGAGGCUUGAGAACUUGUGAAGCUUCGACUCAGCAAAUCGAUCCCAAAGUUUUACAGAAUUAUCAGGCUUUGGUUCAAGAAAAGAAGGACUUGAUGGAUAGCGAAUUUCAGUUGAGGUCUGGGGAAUUAGUAAUGUCGCUGAAAAGAGAACUGAAGCAAGAUACGCAAGAGAGGCUAAGCGUUUUUUACCUGGACACUCCCACGAAAGAUGAUAGACGUCGCAAGUUGAUCGAACAAGUGCAAAGAUCUGAGAAGAAAGAACAAACUACCAAUGUCGCCCUUUGCCAGAAUAGAAAGCUCCAGGAUAAAUCAGACGAGAAUCUGCAAGAAUGUCUUGACCGUAAUCCCGAACUGGUCAAAAUCCACGAGCUUUCGAUAUUGGAAUUGGAGAAAUUACGCCUUACAUAUGACCGAGACUUAGAGCAAAAGAGACACCGUGUUUUGCUGGAUGACCACCACGACAAAUGCCAACUUAUUGCUCAAAUGACCAAUUUAAUGAAGCAAUUGUUUUUAUCAGUUGGAGGCAGAGCAGAUGCUCCUGUAGCAAUUAUAAGGAAGUACGAGGAACUAGUGGCUAUUUUCGAAGGGAAGAAAAGUUUAACGUGGGGGGAUGGAAAAUCCGCAGACGAAUUAGAUUCUGGUCUAAGUUCAACAACGAGUGUAAAUGAAAACGCCGAAGAACAGAACAGGGCAACGAAACGAAAAAUCGAAAGCGAAACUCCAGUCCGCUUAGAUUCUACAUUUGUGUGCAAUACUGGAGCAUCAUCAAGCACAACUGAAGUUCCCACUGUUUUGACUCCGAUCAACACUCUGAUGGUGGUUAAAGGAAGCAAAAGUCCGGCUGUUAAGCGACUGGCAACUGUUGCACCUCUGAAAAGUCGGUUUACGGUUCCCAAGCGGCCCUUGUUGACUGGGACCCAGAAUCACAUUUCCCCAAAAGGCAAGUUCAUGCCCAAAGGUCGGGACGCUUAUCGGUUUACCACAAAGGCAUCCAUCAGGCCUGACUCGAAGAGAGAAUUGACCAACGUUAGGAAAGUGAUGCCCCAACCGAGCAGCCGUCCCAAGUUCAUGUAGUAAGUAGUCGAUUUGUACAAAACUUCAAUCUUGCCAGUGGGAACUGUGGACGUGUGUGACCUAUUUUAUAUUUUUUGUUUGUAUUUCUUUUUUUACAUGUCUAUUAAAAUAAAAUUUACUUGUGUAUAUAGGAUUAAGAUUUAUAAAGACAUAUAUUAUAUUACGCUUCAAAAUAAUACGGACAUUUUAAGAGUGUUACUGAUACCGUGCUGGCGCAUGGACGAUGAACGACACGUUAUAUAAUACAGUUUAUAUUCUGGAUAUCAGAUUAAUAUAAACGUUUGCAUAUAUGUAUAUAUGUAAUUUGCGGGGUUUCAGAAUAUAAUAGAUGUUUUCGAGUUUAGGACUUGCUCAUGUAAAAAUGAGAACUAGAUACAUGUAGAUAUUUCGCUAAACUAAUAAAAUAUUUAAUAAU